CACACACACACACACACACACACCACUAGGGGACCUGGCAGACCUUCUAUAGCCACGUCGCAAAAGUAGAUCCUCGUAAACUAAGUGACAGUAUUUGGAGUCAUGCGUCUUAACCCACAGCCUGGUGGUGCAAUGCUCUAAAACCGGGAUAAUCAACUAAAUUCUGCUGUGGGACGAUUUUUUCUUGAGCAGAUGUAUAUUUUUUAUAAUAAAACAAAAUAAUUUCAAACGUUGCUUACAUUUUGUAUAUGGUCACGUGUCUCUCUAUAAUGUGUGGGAAUACCUGCAAACAGAUUUACAAAAUUAAAAUCACUAGGAGCUGAUUUCCUCCUUUUUUAUGUCCAUCAAUGAUUUUUUUUUCUUCAUAAAUCUUUUUUUUGGGGAGGCCGCGGGUGCGGUUGAAAGGGACCAGGACUAUCCAGUGGAAGCAGCCUCAGAGCUGACCCACUGUGGCAGGACCGUCCCAGUGCAGAGCUCAGUUCUGCAAUUUGCAGGCUUUGUGGUACCAGCUGUUCCUCUGAAAACUAAACCCAUUUACUGGGCAAGCAGGAGGACACCGAGAGGGAAAAGAAGAAAAGAAAGAAAGAAAGAGAGAGAGAGAGAGAGGCAAGGAAAGAGUGACAGAGAAUGAAACAAUUUACAAGAAAGGGAGAUUAAAAGUGUUUCCAUUCAGAGCUUUUAGGUCCUUUAUUUGACGGCCAUAAUGAAGCUCGCCCGGCUGUCUUCCCCUCACACACUGCUCCCAUUACAGUUUCAGAUCGCCAUGUCUCCCAUAGUUUAGAUACAAUCAGACAGGCUGCCCUCGCCAGCCUUGCGGCAUAACUCAUCUUGUUUACGGAUGUGUGCCGGUACAAUUAAAUAAUAAAUAUAAUGUUUAGCAGAGCCCUGUGAGUCUUUAACCAGUCCAUGUACUGUAUAAAGAGCCUUCAGUGGAUUCCUGAUCUGCAGUAUAGGGUUUAUGAGCACAGAGGCAUCUAAAAGCUCACAGAAAGUUGUGGAAGUACUGAUAAAGAGAGGGAGAGAUGGGACCGUGUAAAAUGUCAGGGUAGGAGAAGGAGGGAGCCAUUUAGUGUGAGAUUAGAAGAGCUUGCAGAGGUGCUAUAAGAGACAGAGACACCCACUGUGAACGAUAGGAGUGGCAACUAGUCAAGGACAGGCAUCCCUUACAACAGAUUGGUUUUGACGCACCAGGCAACCAGCCAGCAUCGAACGUCCCUCCUCCCUGUCACUCGCACGCUACCGUCGCAGACGACUAAUCAGCCUCUUAAUUGAAUUGCAGCUAAUUGUUAAUGAGAAGACGAAACAGUACAGGCGCCAACGACAAACAUCCUCAGUCCUCCUUCCCCCUUUCCUUCCCUCACUAUCCUAAGCCCGAGUAGCAGCAGCCACAGGUGCCUCUACUCUAACCCCUGUACUCCAAAUGAGACACCACGUCACACUGACAGGCCGUGACACUAAUCCUCAGAGACGCUGUGGAGCAGUCAGCCAAAGCCACACGGGGCUAAAUUAGGUGUUCACUUCCUCAGCAUGCAGGACGAACAUGGCAGACUAGAGUAGACCUACAUAAACAUGGCUACCUUGUACCUACACAGUCCUGAAGUGCCUUAAAUACAGUUAGUGGUGUAAAAUUAGAGGUAUAUUGUAACUCUAGAAUACAGAAUUAUGUCAUUCCGCAUUCUUCCUAGGGUGUCAAUUUAGUUAAGAGGGUUUGAGACAAACCUGACAAUUAAACAAUUAAGAUUCUAUAAAGCAGGGAUCACCAACUAGAUUCAGCCUCGGACUGAUUUCUUUUCUCGAGCAGAUGGUCAGGGUCCCUGUCACACCCUGACCAUAGUUUGCUUUGUAUGUUUCUAUGUUUUGGUUGGUCAGGGUGUGAUCUGAGUGGGCAUUCUAUGUUGGAUUCUUGUUUGUCUAUUUCUAUGUCUGGCCUGAUAUGGUUCUCAAUCAGAGGCAGGUGUUAGUCAUUGUCUCUGAUUGGGAACCAUAUUUAGGUAGCCUGGGUUUCACUGUGUGUUUGUGGGUGAUUGUUCCUGUCUCUGUGUUUUGCACCAGAUAGGACUGUUUUAAGUUUUCGCACGUUUGUUGUUUUGUUAGUUUAUUCGUGUACAGUUUCUUUAUUAAAGUACAAUGAAUAACAACCACGCUGCAUUUUGGUCCGCCUCUACUUCACCUAAAGAAAACCGUUACAGUCCCGGAACAUAAUUACAAAUGAUUUGUAGACUGCAAAUUGACCGCAAGAAGCCUGAAAAAACGUUCAUGUUUGACCAAAACAUAAUCACAUUACAUUUGAAUUAAAUCACACAUCUCUCUAUUGUACUUGGGAAUAGUUUGGAACAGAUUUCCAAAAUCACUUAGAGCUGAUUUUCUGGUGUUUUUACAGUCUUUUAUGCUUUCUUUUGCUCAGAAAACGGGAGGACGAAUAAAAUCACCUGACCUGCGGACCGCAAGUUGAACCCUGCUGUAAAGACCUCUGUGUGAAGUGGUCUUGUUGAAAUGGAUAUAUUGCAUUUGGAGACUGGCAAUGACAUGCAAGGCUCUCUAAAAUGUGUCAUGGUGCUCUCUUAUUUUGGAAAAUAACUCACAUACCAAAAAACAAACAUUUUAUGACCUGUUGGCCGUAAGAAGUGACUCAUGAGCCAAAACUGGGGGAAAAGAAGCAUUCCCAAAAUAAGUCAAUCUAGAUGUUCAGCAACCGGACACAUUUAUGUGACCCCAUUUAUGUGAGUCCUAUUAAUGGUUGCCUUUUCUCUAACUCUGUAACUCUCUGUGAAGUCUUCUCCAGGCAGCCCUAACAUGGUCUCAAUGAAGAAAGAGAGAGGAGCCACUUACCUGUAUCUCAAAACACUAUCUGGAUUGUGAGAGGCAGAGAACGAGAGAGGAGAGGGAGGAAUGGAGAGAGGGAUUAGAAGCUAAUCCAGGACACAGCCAAUCCCAGUGGAGCUCCUUUUCUUCCAAGACGCAGACAAAACAGUCGCACGGAUUACUGCACUUUAGUCUAUUGCCUUUUUUUAAAGCAUUAUCCCUUUUUGUAUGGUGUUUCAUUGUCCCUAAAUGCCUGGUGUCCCGGGCCUGUGGUACAUUUGCUGAACUGUACAACAAAGAAUAAAAGAGGACAACAGUCCCGGUGAGAGGGGAGCGAAGUGACAGGAUGUCCCAUGGACUGUGUGGUGCCACACGCAGAUAAAGAGCUUUAGUGGAGACGACAUGUGUGAACGGACCCCCUGCUCUUUCUGCUGGGUCUCAGAGGGACUGAAAGCUCAACACCCCUGUGGACGGUACAUUCAAGAUCAAACUUCUAUGAGGGAAUACUAAAACGACUGAGCGGCUAGUGAGUGACAGGUUGGAGAUAUUUUAGUUGUUGAUUACAGGGGAGUAUAAGGUGAGGUCGGUUUCAAAGCAGGAUUACAAAUUCAUUUCUGGAAACACUUACUGUAUCUGACUUGAUUGAGGGGACCUGCGGCAGCCUAGAAACCUCCAUCACUAACGGGCAGGACCUGAGUUGUCAGUUAAGUGACUAAGUAUCAAGUGUGUGUUUUGGUAUUUGAGUGCAGUGUGUUCAUGUGUGUAGGUGCAUUAGAGAAGAUUAUUAGCUGACAAUCAAAGGUGUCAGCCUAUUGAGUCACUCCUCAAUAAGCCACAUCUAAAGUGACCUGGUUGGUGAGAGUUGUUGUCUUGGUGUUGAAACCUGUAGUGGUAAGAAGAGAAAGCACUGGGUGAUUGUGAAGUGGUAAUAGAGGUUGUUUUAAAGCUGACACAAUCCCAUUACAGUUCCUUAACAAGUUAUUUAUAAUCUCCAACAACUUUAUUGGGCAGAGCACACAGGGCCAAGCAGCUUAAAUAUAACCACUUUCAGAUGUAUAACACAGCCGGACUCCUAUCUACUGUACUGUGCCAAAUCGAGAAUGAAUUUUAACUAGGUUUACACAAAACAUAAAUAUUUCUUCUCAUUUUACGAGGAUCUCGUAAACCUCUGGCAAGGUGAUUAGUGUCUAGACGGGUGGGAUGUUCGUUAACUGUUUGUAAACAAGACCUUGGAUGGUUUUCCCAGAAAGGGGUCUCUAGGUAACAUUGCUGGCUGUCCAGCCUUGACAGAAGACAUUGGUGCUCAUUUUAAAGGAGGUAGGUAUAGACUUCAGUUUGGACUGAUCCUAAAAAGAGAAGAACAGUAAUAUUUUUUUUGUAAAGCCUCAUUGCUUAACUUUGAGAGGGAAGUUUAAAGACCUGUGUAUUUUUGUUGCUGAAGGGAAAGGUGCAUUUAAGUGACCUAAUUAUAGAAAUGGUUGUGCACGUCUAAUAUUGAUUUAGCUCUAGAAACGUUCCCAGGUAUGAGCUUGCCAACAGAGAGAGCAUCAUAGUUAUACUGUUAGUGUUCACAAGCAGAAACACAAGUUCAAAAUAGUGAAAUGUAUUUUGUCUGAUGGACAGAAUAUGAGCAUCUCUUGGUAUUCUCUCACUCUUUCACUGCACAAAUACUGGAUGAGUUAUGUUUCACUUGUCAGUAUAUAUUUGAUAGCCGCAACUGGAUAUAUUUUCUGAACUGAUAUUCAAAAACCCACCGUCUGGAAAAAGCCUAGUGGAUCACAAGCUCUCAGACCACAUAGGCUGUGGUUAUUCCAGAAUCCCUGGGAUGUGUCAUUCCUCCUCUUUUUAUUCCUCAUGACUGAAAGCUGCUGGGAAGGAGGACAGGCCUCUUUGAGGCUGGAGUCAUUCUAAAGCACAGAAUUGGCCCUGAAAGAGAAAGCUUUGAAUGUUGACUGACUCCAAUAGAUAACCAUCAUUCAGCUGAAAACUUCAGUGGGACUUCCUAAAGCCAAACUGCAGGCUUACGCUCGAUGAAUAGCUGGCACUUGCUGCCGUGUGGAGAAUGUAUUCUACACACAUUCUCAGCACACAAUGUGUUUUUCUUUUUUUUAAGGAUCCAGAAAGUUGUUUAAGUGUCUUUUAACACUCCUUUUACAUUGGAAAAGUUGACUGAUUUCUUACUGGAUUUAUUAUCCCCGUGAUGAAUUAUAUUUAAAGGGUAUUCAUCUCUGCUACCAUGAGUCUGGGAAAACUGCCAGGAAUUAAAGGCCUAGUGUCGGGCUCUCAGGGGAAGAGGCGCUUUAAGAGCGAACUCUCCGUGGACAUGAUCAGCCCACCGCUCCCAGACUUUCGCCACACCAUGCACGUGGGCCGCGGUGGCGAUGUGUUUGGAGACACCUCCUUCCUUAGCAACCACGGGGGCAAAGGGGAAUCAGUGAGCCCCGAUUCACCCACCAGCAGCACAAAGACCACCAGCUUCUUCUCCCGCACCUUGAGGCAUGUACGCCGGUCCCCUGUGCCCCGUGCCAGGAUCGGUUCCCGUGAUCUUUCACCCCCACCGCCUCCUGUCUCACCCAUCAUCAAGAACGCCAUCUCACUGCCCCAGCUGAACAUUGACAUGCCCAACGGCUACAAGAGGGUGCUGUUCCCCAGCUCAGAGAGCUCCCCAGAGACCUCCCUCUACAGCUACGGUCUGCAGUCUGGUUUCGUCACACUACCCCGCCACUCCCGCCUUGAUAAACAGCUGCAGGAUGGCACCGGACUGUUCGCUCAGAACUUUAGCUGUGGCUCGCUCCCAGACAACAACAGCUUCGCGCUAACGCGCUCCGACUCCUUCACUUCAUUCACAGUGGACCUUGGUCCCUCCCUCAUGAGUGAGGUUCUGGGAAUGAUUGACAGCCCCGGUUGCCUCACUAUGCCCAAUCACAACUGGGAGUUGGGGGAAGAGGAGGAAGAGGAGGAGCAGAGCUCUGUGUUUGAGCUGGCUGUGCAGAGCCCCAUGCUAAGCUCAUCAAACCCUUCCAUGUCAAGCACUCCGCUCAGUGUGAAUGUGAACAACAGUGGGCGCUCUUGCAGCUCAGAGUGGGCAGAGGGAGAGGAGGAGGAUGAGAGGGCUCUUAAGACGCCAGAUGCAUCUAUGGGGUCUCCUACACAGGUAGAACCAGUUAUGGAAGCUGAGAGGUUCCAGAGAGCAGCUGACAUGCUGGCGCGUCACUACGGGGGAGGCUCCUUCUCCAGGAGUCAUCGCAGCGAUUCUGCCUCCUCCUCCUCCUCACCACUCAGCCAACCUAAAGUCCCCUACGCCUUCCCUGAGGAAGAGGAGAUCAAAGUCUGAAACAUUUACCAAAUGUCUACCAUUGUGAGGAGAAGAACCCAUUUGAUCAUUAGACUACUUACUAGGUGACCUUGGUUCUGAAUCCUUGCACUCAAGACCUUCAGAGGGAUCCAUGUUUUUCUAUAAACCUUUUACAUUAAUGAUUUGAAUUGGAAAGCUCCUCCUCAUAAUGAUAAGAGCUCUCUUGUCUACCAUCUAACAACUGGAUCAAUACUGUCUCUUGUUCAGUUUUAGAGAAGCUUGUGUAGAAGCUUGUGAGUUUCUCAGACAUGAUCUGACAGCAACAUUGGACAGGGUACAUAUAAAAAACAACCUUUAAAACAUGACAGGUUUCAUUAUAUCUUCAUAAGAAAUAUACCUUAUACUAAGCAGAUUCCAUUAAACUGUCAUUCAAUUCUGGGAUGGAACAAUCUCUUGAUAUUGCGCAACUCUGUGCUAUAGCAGCUGCAGUACAACAGUCACACAAGAUCCCGUACAACAACCAGAAGGAAGGGCACAGGGGUCAUGAGCCGAGGCUGUGUAUGUCAAAAGCACUCAUAGUGGUCAUUCACAGAAGUAAGGAACAUAAUACGUUUUAUUUUUAGAAGACAAAGGUAGGAUUUCCAGCCUAAUGACACCCUCCUUCUGUGAAAAGGAUUGAAAGGGGAAAUAAAACAUGACUAUCUGCAAAACUAUUUGUCACAGUAUGUGGAUACUAAAGGGACAAUACAUUUUGUUUUGUUUGAUUGUGUUUCUAUCCACCUGACCUAAAUUGACAUAUCUUCAGUGAGUUCAGUGGUCACAGUUGUUUACUUUCAUUUAGACCUAACACAAAGCCAGUUUCAUCAUUUAUCAUUUCCUGAGAAAAGUUUGAAAGGAAUAAAGCUUUUCUCACUAAUAUCUGGAAUAAUAUCUGAGAUUGUACUGCAUGCUAAGGUGGAAAUGAAGGGUGUGCCCUGUAAAAUGUAUCAAACUAAUUUGGGUUACACAGCCCUAUAAUCGUUUAAACCUAUAGCUGCCUUACAGUGAUAGUUAUUGUCAAGUACUUUUUCCAAGUAUGUUUGUUCUCAGUGUUAUGUUCAUACAUGUGAGUAUACAUUUUUUUUGUAAUAUCAAGGAAAUGAAUGCAUUGUCAUACAUGAAGGUAAUCAAAUUAAGUUGAAUAUUAGCUAUGUUCAUAAGACUACAGGCACUCUACUUAAAAUUACCAGUACAGACUUGUAUGUGAUGUCACAUAUGAAUACAGUAUGUAUACGGAAUAAAAAUAUGACUGUAUAAUUUGAUCCAUUUUACCAGUAGCUGUCAUAGCAGUCAUAUUCUUAAUAAAUACCGUUUUUUAAUAA